CCUUUGGGAUUCACUUGGAAACCACAAAAUCUUUAGAGCUUCAAAAUAUAACCAAAUUUCUCCUUCACUUGUUUCCUCAUGGCUCUUCCUUCUAACUUUACCAUGCUCCCAAUCCACAUCUCUAAUCCUCCAAAACCCAAAUCUUUCAUCAUAUGUGCUACACCGAAGCGACGGAAGACCAGCACCGGGAGCGGCGGAAAAAUCAACAGCGUCCUCAAGAUUUCAACGAGGAGCAUAGUAGGAGUGAAGGAUGUUAACGACCCCAACACUACUACCGUGAAGGAGAUUAAUGGAGAAUAUGACCACAAGAGUCAAGCGAAUGUUUAUGAUGAUAAUCAUGAUAAUGAUGAUGGUUCUGUUAAGGGAACUGAAUUACCGACUGAUUAAUGGCUUUUAAGUUUGUAGUUAAGAUGAUGUGAUCAUGGAUAGCUUUCAUUAUAUAAAAAUAAUGAAAGAAUGAUGAUGGGUUUUCGUAGUAUAAAUAAGCUUAGUUUCCUUUCA